AAAUAAUAUUAUAAUUACUCCUUGGUUCUUGGUCUCCGUAACAGCAGGGAAGGAGCAGAAUAGCCAUUGAAAGCCGUUAACGGUUUAUUUACCACAACGAUGUUGGCUACUGGGAAAGUCUCACUCGUUCCAUGCUUCCCUAGGAGCCGAUACAGAAGUGGGUUUUGCUGCAGAGCUGAUGCUCUUCAAAGCCAUGCAACUGGGGGCCAAGAUAACAAGGAAAAUAAGAAGAAGAAGGUAAUGAUCGUUGGCUCCGGAUGGGCUGGCCUUGGCGCUGCUCAUCACCUCUGCAACCAGGGCUUUGAUGUCACCGUUCUUGAAGGCAGUCCGGACGACGUUGGCAUUCGUGGUUAUUGGUAUCCCUACCAAAACAUAUUUAGCCUUGUCGAUGAGCUGGGUAUCAAGCCCUUCACUAACUGGACAACGUCUGCGCAGUAUUCAGAAGAGGGGUUAGAGGUUGAAUUUCCAAUAUUCAAUGAUUUGCCUCAAUUGCCUACUCCAUUGGGGACAUUAUUAUAUACUAAAUUUGCUCGGCUCCCAUUUGUGGAUAGGUUAACCUCACUUCCGUUAGCGGCUGCAGUAAUUGACUUUGACAACACUGACACAGCCUGGAGAAAAUAUGAUUCCAUCACUGCAAGGGAGCUUUUUAAACAGUUUGGCUUCUCGGAAAGGCUUCAUCGAGAUGUUUUUGGUCCAUUGCUUCAAGUGGGCUUGUUCGCUCCAGCAGAGCAAUGUAGUGCUGCUGCAACUCUUGGGUUGCUAUACUACAUCCUUGCCCACCAGAAAGAUUUUGAUUUGGUAUGGUGUCAUGGGACAGUCAAAGAAAAGAUUUUUGAGCCGUGGAUUGAUUUCAUAAGGACCAAAGGUUUUGAUAUUCUGGAGGAUAGAAAAGUGACAGAUUUGAUCUUUAACGAAGAAACAGGUUGUAUUACAGAAAUAGUCUGUGGCAUGGAGUCAUAUAAUGCUGAUGCAGUUAUCUUUGCUGUUGGAAUAUCCAGACUUCAGGAACUUAUCAAAAACAGUGCAGUGCUAUGUACAAGGGAGGAGUUUCUCAAGGUUUUAAACUUGGCUGGCAUCGAUGUAGUCACUGUUAAGCUUUGCCUCGAUAGGAAGGUUAAAAUUCCAAAUGCAAUUAACGCAUGCUCUGGAUUUGAUUAUUCAUCAGGCUGGACUUUUUUUGACUUGAAUAUAAUUCAUGAUGAGCAUAAAGAUGACUCAGUAACAGUCCUGCAAGCUGAUUUUUAUCAUUCCAAUGAAUUGUUGCCGCUGAAGGAUGAUGAUAUAGUUGCAAAAGUGAUGUCUUACCUAUCAAAGUGCAUCAAGGAAUUCAAAGAUGCUGUUGUGACUGAUAAGGUGAUUGGAAGAUUUCCACAAUCUUUUACUCACUUUUAUCCAGGUUCAUACAAGUACAUGAUGCGUGGGUCUACAUCUUUCCCAAACUUAUUCAUGGCCGGAGACUGGAUCAUAACCCGACAUGGUUCCUGGUCACAGGAAAAAUCCUAUGUCACGGGACUUGAAGCCGCGAACCGGGUGGUGGACUACCUUGAAGAAGGGAGCUUUGCCAAAAUAAUACCAGUAGAGGAAGAUGAACCUCACAUUCAAGCGCUUCGAAGCCUCAACAGGAGCUUUAAUGAGUUCAGAUCCCAAGUUCCAUUGUCCAAUUUCUUCCUUCAGUGAACCUGUCACUGGAUCCUCCAUAUAUUUGAGCACAUGUAUUUUCUCAUGAAAAUUUAUUAAAUACUUUAAAGUUGCAUAUUUGAACACAACUUUAUGUUCUAAAGUGUUAACACCAAGCAUGUGUUUGUUUCGUGAGAAAAUAAUCAAUGACAUGCAAAAACGAAUUUGUUCGGACCAA